AGUCGGAGCCAAUGGUGUGACGCCUGAGGCUGCCGGCGCGGUCAGUGGAGGCGCUGAGCGGAGCUGCUGCCGCCAUGAUAGAACAGCAGAAGCGCAAGGGCCCGGAGCUACCUCUGGUCCCCGUCAAGCGGCAACGGCAUGAAUUGCUCUUGGGAGCGGCGGGGUCGGGCCCCGGAGCCGGGCAGCAGCAGGCGACACCGGGAGCUUUGCUGCAAGCGGGACCUCCAAGAUGUUCCUCCCUUCAAGCCCCCAUUAUGCUGCUCUCAGGACAUGAAGGAGAAGUAUACUGCUGCAAGUUUCACCCCAAUGGAUCCACCUUAGCAUCUGCAGGAUUCGACCGACUUAUAUUGUUGUGGAAUGUCUAUGGUGACUGUGAUAACUAUGCCACAUUGAAGGGCCACAGUGGAGCAGUGAUGGAACUGCAUUAUAACACAGAUGGCAGUAUGCUCUUCUCAGCAUCCACAGAUAAAACUGUGGCAGUGUGGGAUAGUGAAACAGGAGAGAGGGUUAAAAGAUUGAAGGGACAUACCUCCUUUGUGAAUUCCUGUUACCCUGCCAGAAGGGGUCCCCAGCUUGUCUGUACUGGCAGUGAUGAUGGUACAGUUAAGGUAGGUACUAUCUGCGUUGCAGUUUAAGGUGAUAUAAUGUGAGCUUACCUUGCCUUCCCACCUGUACUGUGCCCUACUCUGCACAACUUAGUUUUAUCAGCUGUUUUCCAAAAUAAACACUUGAAAUUUUAGACCAUUUAAAAUAAUA